CCAUGCAAAUUCUAUGUCUCUCAAAUGUGUUGUUGAAUUAGGCAUACCCGACAUAAUCCACAGCCAUGGAAAACCCAUGCAUCUCUCUAAUCUUUUUGAUGCUCUCUCUCUACCAUCAGUGAGAAUUGAUCCUUUGAAUAGGUUAAUGCGGUUUAUGAUUCAUUCGGGAUUCUUUGCAACACAAAGCCUUGGCGAAAAUCAAGAACAAGAAGGAUAUUUACUAACACCAACUUUAAGGAUUUUAGUAAAAGCUAAUCCCAAGACGAUGUCAUCUGUUGUUCUCUCUAUGGUUGAUCCUAUCCUGGUAUUAUCUUUUCAAUCCUUACACACUUGGUUUCAGGGAAGUGAAUCCUCACCAUUUGUGGCUGCUCAUGGUAUGAGCCUAUGGAAUUUGUUGGAGCAGAAUCCCGAGUCUGGAAAGAACUUCCAUGAUUCGAUGGCUAAUGACUCUUGCGUGUUGAUGAGUGUAAUUCUUAAGGAAGGUAAGGAGGUAUUCGAUAACUUGAAGUCGCUGGUUGAUGUAGGAGGUGGGACUGGAACUACAGCGCAUGCCGUUGUUGGAGCAUUCCCACACCUCAUCUGCAUAGUUCUCGACCUCCCAAAUGUUGUUGCAAACUUACAAGGGACUGCUAAUGUAGUCUUCAUUGGGGGUGACAUGUUCGAAUCCAUCCCACAUGCAGAUGCAGUCAGGACCGUCUUACCGUUUUGGAGUGCUCUAGGCGAAUUUAUUCUUCAUGACUGGAGCGAUAAAGAUUGUGUACGAAUACUUCAGAGGUGCAGAGCAGCUAUUCCGUCAAGAGAAGAGGGAGGAAAGGUGAUAAUAAUAGAUGCCGUGAUUGAAGAAGACAAGAACAAACAAGAAGAUUCAAUUACUGAAACUCAACUACUCAUGGACAUUGCGGUGAUGGCAAUUUAUAAUAGCAAGGAGAGAACUGAGAACUUUUCAUCGACUCAGGUUUUACUGACUACAAAUAACUCGUGUCCAGGGGUUUAGGUCCUUCAUUGA